AUGUUUGCGCCGAAGGCACUGAAAAGCAUGACUGUCGACAUACCUCUUGCAUUGACAGACGGCCUGAAAAACGUGCCUUGGGCUUACGGCGACACCAUUCGGGACCACGGCCCAGUAGCCGAUAUCAAGAGCGGUGCAACAGUCGCUGGCAAAACGUUUGCAUGGGGCUUCAUUGACGGUUUUAGCGACGUGAUUAUGAAGCCAUAUCAGGGUGCUCAAGAGGAAGGGACGAAAGGCGCUGCUAAAGGACUAGGCAAGGGACUGGUGAACAUGACGACCAAGACCGGUGCUGGCAUGUUCGGUCUCGUGAGCUAUACGAGUGCUGGCAUCGCCAAGAGUUUGAGAACAGCAGUCCACAUGAAAACUCGAAAAAGAAUUGUUGAUGCAAGACAUGCAGAAGGGGGGUGGCUGAUCGAGCAGGGCAGGUAUGGUGCUGAAGAGACGGCGUCUGUCACGUCGAAAUUUGAGGCGUUGAGGAAGAGGAAGACAUGA